AUGGCCCAGACUGUCCUCAUCACCGGUGCUUCGGGCUUCAUUGCCGCGCACGUCGUCGAGGCCUUCCUCCGAAAGGGAUACAACGUUCGCGGAACUGUGCGCUCUGAAAAGGCAGCAGCCGAAGUUCUCAAGAUGCACGCAAAAUACUCUGGGCAGAUCAGCGUUGCUAUUGUUCCCGACAUUGCCGCUCCCAAUGCCUUUGACGAGGCUGUCAAGGGAGUUGAUGGUGUCAUCCACACGGCCUCUCCCUUCAUUCUGAACGCCACCGACUUCGAAACCGAGCUUCUGCAGCCUGCCAUCAGCGGCACCACCGGCAUCCUAGAGGCUAUCCAAAAGUACAACUCGGCUGUCUCUCGAGUUGUCAUCACCUCUUCUUUCGCCUCGGUCUUGGAUCCCACGCAAGGCCAGCGUCCCGGAUAUGUCUACACCGAGGCCGACUGGAACCCUUCGACUGUCGAGCAGGCCAACAGCAGCCCUGUGAUGGCAUAUCUUGCCUCAAAGACAUUUGCUGAGCGUGCUGCAUUUGAUUACGUCAAGCAGAAGAAGCCCAACUUCACUGUGGCAACUCUCUGCCCUCCGAUGGUCUACGGACCUAUCGCUCACGCUGUCAGCGGCGUUGAUGCGCUCAACACCUCUGCAGGAGACAUUUACAGACUUAUAAACGGCUCAGAAAAGGCUGUUCCCGAUACUUCUUUCUGGGCAUUCGCCGACGUCCGCGAUGUCGCUGAGGCUCAUGUUCUGGCCUUUGAGAAGCCACAGGCCGCCGGCCAGCGAUACCUGAUUGCCAACUCCGCAUACAGCUACCAGCAGAUUUGCGACAUAAUCCGCGAAAAGUUCCCCGAGCUGCAGGACAAGACGCCCAAGGGCGACACCGGAGCUGCUCUUCCUCCCAUCUACAAGGUCGACACUACCAAGGCUGUUACUGAGCUGGGCAUUAAGUUUAGACCCCUGCAGGAGACUAUUGUGGAUAUGGUCAACAGCCUGUUGGCGCUCCAGAAGUAG